AUGAUAAUCUCUAAAUCUUUUAAUUAUCUCGGAAUAAUAUUAUUCAUGAGUUCAAUAAUCAAGUUGAAUAGAAGACUUACUCUCAACAAAAAUACUUAAAAACCCUACAACAUUUGUAAUCUCUUCGUCCAAUAAGCCAUUCUUCUGAAUUCUAUUAUUCAUUAUGCAUUAACACAGAAAUGUGUGAUAGUGAUCAAUUCCUCUCGCACUACCUUAUUGAAUCUACCAAUUGUUUUGAAAAAAUUCAAUCAACCUUAUCACAUAUUCUAUCAUGAUCUGAUGGUCUACCGACUACCCCACCAGAAAUCAAUGAUGGCAGCCUUGUUGAUUGAUUGAGAACGUGACAAGAAUAUUAAUCGAAUUCAUUAUUUUUUUCUAGAUUAGAAUGUCUUCUAUAAUAAUGGAAUGUUAUGAGAUAUUAUCGAUAAAAUGACGAAUGGACUAUAACUGAUAAUAUAGCUUGCUGUUUAAAAUUACAGGCUAACGGUAGCUGCAUAAUAUUAUUUCCAGGGAUAGGAGUUAGAAAAGUAAUGUCUUCUUUGUAUGAGACACACAAUAUAUAAGCGACCUUUGCAAAUUCGAUAUAUGUUUUUUCACUUUUAAGUUUACUUUUUUAAACAUACUGCGUAUUUCUUAUUUGUGAAAGUUUUCUCUUGGAGCCAAUGCAUUCUGUGAAUGAGCUGGUGGAUACCGCGAGGGAAAACCACUCUGGGUCGAAGAAGAAAGUGAUAUGUCGACAGACAUUCCAUGAGAAUAAAAUGGUUGAUUAUUUGAAGAAUUAUUGCAAACAUACAACACUACAUGGCUUCAGCUACUUGGUUGAUCCAGAUCUGAGCUUCAUAGCAAGAUGCUUCUGGUAUGCUGUAAUGACAAUUUCCUGCUGUUUGAUGAUUGUAACAGUCAAUAACCAAAUACGGAACUUCACUAACAACCGCAUCGUGAUGGCUCACAAUGGGAAAGCUUUGAAAUUGAAUGAUAUUCCAUUCCCAGCUUUGAGUUUCUGCAGUGACAACCAGAUUAAGCCUUCUGAUAUGAAUCUUACGAAACUAUUCAGUAAAGGAGGAAACUACACGGCAAAUGAGAGACAUUUUCUGUCCGUCGCCUUAUCACUUUGCCACAUAAACAAACAUACAAUUAAUUAUGAGGAAAUUAAAACGAAAAGUGAUAUAAAACCAAUCAUGCUAAUUCUUACAAUUAUUAAAGAUUGUAGAUCAAAUAUUAGAGAGUUGAAAUGGAAUAAUAAGGAUUUGAAGGAUCCCUGUGCAUACAUGAAUGCGUCUAUCACUAUAGAUGGUGGUUGUUACUCUUUCAAUCAGGUGCAGGCAUUCUCUGAUAACCUUUUCGAUUUGGCUUUUCAACGUAGCUGUAAUAUAGCAGAUAUGGAAUGUGUGAAACGCUUAUACUACAGUGGAUCAUCUAACACUAGUAAUGAUCUUAAAACGCAAUACAGUGCAUGUAACUGUCUGCCAUCUUGUGUUGAGCUCAAGUAUAAUUUCAAAGUGAAUGACAUGCCAUGGAAUUUCUCCAGCCUUGAAAGAAAAUACAAGAAAAAAAGCUCAUUUGUGGGAUUACACAUCACAUAUAAAGGUGGUUCAGUCAAUGUGAUUGAGAGAGAUUGCGUGUAUACUUUUUCAAGUUUGAUAGCCAGCAUCGGUGGUGUCAUGGGCUUAUUCAUGGGCUUCAGUACUAUUAGCUUUUUCGAAAUAAUAUACUACACCAUAAUAAAAUGGUUGAAAUUUAUUUUGAGUAGAAGAGGCAAUAGGAGAGUCGAGCCAGAUGUUCAUGCGAAUUUACGUAAUACGGUUCACACCGUAGUGAGGAAGAAUUAGUUUGUAAAAUGCAAAAGUUACAAUAAUCAAAUUGAACUAUCAAUAAAUCUACUAGAAGAUCAAAUCCUCUCGAUCAUGACAAUAUUCUGCAGAAAUCAGGAGAGAAAUUUCGUUUUUGAAACCUUACAGAUUAUAAAACAUUAUAAUUCACCAAUUACUUACGAGAAACUAUUAAGGUAUUUAGGGUUACGACAUUGAAAUGUCACGAUUUCAUUCCAUUCAGAAUGGAAUUGGCAGGAUACAAUUACUGGAUUUGGCAGAAAUAGCUGAAAACUGGAAAAUUAACCGAAAAUACGAGGUUUUUGGGCCACUCUGUCUUUCUAGCACAAGGAAAUUUUGCAUAAAGAAAUUGGUUUUGGACUUCUCUCAUGUAUCCAAAUAAUAUAUUUAAAAAUCAGAACCACGAUAUAAAUUGCAAGCACACCCUCUUUUUUAUAUCUUCAUUGACUGGAUUAUAUAGAAUCCAAUAAAGAAUGAUCUAGAUGAUCACGAACAAAGUUCAAACAUACAUUAUGGAACUUUUAAAAAUGAUUAUUGUGUGCGAGUAAACAUGCUUGAUUCUCGACUCUUGAAUGUGAAAUGAUUGCUUCAGAAACUGCCGCCCUCAUUCUCAAUCAACAAUAAUUUCUCAGCUCAAAUCUUCUCUUUUUCGAGAUUGUUUGUAUCUUAACUCUGAAAAAAUUUCCUAUUAUGAAAUUCACUUGGCCGCUCAAGCCCCAGGGGACACAGAAAUACUUCUUAGAUUGAAGUUGGGAACUGGCUUAGCGCAUUUGCAAUAAGAACUGAAGAAACAAAGAAUUUUCGGAGAUAAAGAGUAAAGAAUACCAAUAAGAAGUUCAAGAUAAAGGAUAAAAAGAAGAAUAAGGCCUAGGUCUGCUUAUAGAAGAAGCCAGUCAACUGGCAGUAAGCUAGUUGCUGUGUAAUGGAAAUUCUUGUUUGUUUCGUAAUUUCAGCUUCGAUGCUGGAAUUCACGAACGGAGUAGAAGAAGAAGAACGAAGAAGGGUUGGAGAGCGAAAAUGAGAGAAAGCUGCAGCCAAGUCUUCUGGAGAAGAAACAGUGAAAAGUAAUUACCGUACUGUAACGGAACAAAAAGCCCCACCUAUCCAGACAAAACAUUAUUUUCUAUCUCUAUUUCCUCACCUCGUUUCAUUAUCCUCUCCUGAUUUUAACUUACUUCUCGUUUAAUGACUAUCGUUCAUCAUCUCGUACUUUCUCAAAACAAAUGAUUAUUUUCUCGAUUAUUGCUAAUAUUUUCUCCCUAAGAUAGAAAAACGAUUAAUGAGUGUAAAGAAAGAAAUAAAAGAAGAGGAUAUAGAAAAAUGUGUGCUUUUCAGGGCUCGGUCCACUGUGAGUUGCUUUUAUUCUGCGCAACGCUAGGACCGUAUAUGUAAUUCCCGCCUCUAUUUCCAGGUUUAUUGGAUUUCACUCUGAUUCAAAGUUGGAUGUAUUUAGAUUUAUAAGAUGAACUUAUUGAGAUUCAUCUUCAGUUUAUAACAACUAAUACUAAUGUAUUCUUACUUGCAUCUACUUGUAUUGAUAUUGUGUGUAGAG